GUUGAUUUCUACUAUUUUAAACAAAUGCACAUUCUUUAGUGUUAGCCUAUUCGUUGCUAAAGAUAUGCUCCCCCAUCUCGCGUCAAAUCCCUCGCAUAUCGUCAAACCCGGGACUUGAUGAUCCUAAAUACCGGCCUGAUAUGUGGGCUUCUUAUCGCCCCAGUGCUUCAGGAGUCGUAUUUGGGGACUCGGGCGUCGGCUCCGGAGCACAGGAAUGAGACCUCAUAUUACCCCGUAGUCGGUGAAGAAAAGGAUUCCGGAGGAGAGUGGGGCCUCGUGGAAGACGGAUUUCAAUGGUGUCUUGACCCCGCUCCAAUUUGACGGCACAUGUAUUUGAUCACCUCCAGGUUUUCCAACGCUACAACAACAACAACACCCUGAUAUUACUGCGAUGGAGUCAUUCAAGUUAAACCUCCCCAACGGCGCCAUCGUUAGCGGUCUCCACAACAUCCCGCCGCCGUCCCCAUCCUCGUCGCCCAAAUAUCGCCCCCUGCUUGUCGGUCUCCACGGCGCCUCUUACAGCGCCCUCUACUUCGAUGUCGACGACACCCGCACAGCCCGCCUGUCCAGCGACGGCCUCGGCGUGCCCUUCGUCGCCAUCAACCGGCCCUGCUACGAGGACUCCACCCCCUUCUACCCCAUCCCCGACGGCUCCAGCUUCCCCGAGCAGUUCGGCCUCUGGCUGCACAAGUUCAUCCUCCCCGCCCUGUGGGCGGAAUACGGCUCGUCCCAGGGAUGCAACUCCAUCGUGCUCGACUGCCACAGCCUGGGCGCGACCGGCGCCAUCAUUGCCGCCGCGUUGCACGCCCAGGACCAGGACCAGGAUCAGGACCGCGGCGCCGGCGCAUAUCCGCUGGCGGGGCUCAUCGUGUCGGGCUUCGGGACGCAGCCGGUCGAGGCCGAGGACCAUCUCACAUCAUCCGACGUCGCGGCCGACCGCACAUCGCUGGAAUUGAUCGAGAUGCCAUCGGCGGCCAAGGAUGCAGCCAUGUUCGCCCCGGGCACGGUGGAUGAGGCGGUAAUUGCGCAGGGCGAGCGGCUGAACAGGCCGGUCCCGUCAGAGGAGAUUCGGUCGCUGCGAAAGGUGUGGCUGCCGAGGUGGCGGGCCGAGUGGGGGGCCAGGGUGCGCGUGCCGGUCAUGGUGGCGGUUGCGGAGCGGGACGCGCUGUGGACGGGGACGGAGGGGCACCUGAGGGACUUUAUGGGGGCGUUCUCGGGCAGUGAGAGGGUCGACGGGAGCUUGGUGCGAGGCGCGCCACACUGCAUCGAGCUGAGCUGGUGGAGUCAGGGAUGGUACGCGAGGUGCUUUGGGUUUGCCAUUGAGUGUGCGGCUAGCUUUGGCGUCGCGGGAGAAUAAGCUAGCGACAAAUUGUCCUCAUAAGAGAGGCUAUGGAAGCCUUCUAGAAUCUAGAUUAAGACUUCCAUGUAACACGACGAGGAA